GGAGAAACAGCUAGCAAGACGGCAUUAUCUCAGGAUUCCGUUGUGUUCAAAGAGAUUAUCAGCACUAUCUCAUCAAUGGAAAAAGUUGUUCUACGUCAUCGGGUGGAAACUCCAAUACGGUAUCAGGAGCAUUUUUCUGAUCAAGAUUUGGAAGCCUGCAAAUUAAACCACUCCUUGUUUGCAUUGCCAAGUCCAGCAUGGCCAGCGCAGAUAAGGAACAUUCGUGCAUCCAAGAGUGCGGCUGAAACAGAGCAGAAAAGCCCAGAUGAAGCAACCCCCAGAUUUCAAGCCUUACUAGAUGUAGUGCAGUUUCGUCCUGAAGAUGUCAUAAUACAAGUCUUCGAAGGGUGGCUGCUAAUCAAAGCUCAGCAUGGACCCAGGAUGGAUGAACAGGGCUUUGUAGCCAGAAGCUUCACUAGGCAAUAUAAAUUGCCAGAUGGCGUUGAAAUGAAAGAUUUGAGUGCUCUCUUCUGUCACGAUGGCAUUUUGGUUAUUGAAACUAAGACAUUUGGCAGUCAAUAAAUUCUUGACCGUCUUGUUA